GAGGGGAGGGCCUGGCAGGCCAUCAUGGCGGCGCUCGCGGUUAGCGCGGAGGGCCCAUGAGGAGGCGGCCCUCGCCGGCUCGGCGCUUUGGGUGGUAGCCAAGGCAGGCAGGGCAGGGAAGACGGCGGCGGCGCCUCCGCGCCGGUCCUCCCCGCUUCCCCCCCGGGCCAUGGCGGGCGUCUUCGACAUCGACCUGGACCAGCCUGAGGAGGUGGCCUCGGAUGAGGAGCUGGAGGAAGGGGGUCACUUAAGUGAAAGCAUGGACCAUGGAGGAGUUGGCCCAUAUGACCUCAGCAUGGAGCAUUGUGAAAAAUUUGAGAUUUCAGAAACUAGCGUGAACAGAGGCCCAGAAAAAAUACGGCCAGAGUGCUUUGAGUUGCUGCGUGUUCUUGGCAAAGGUGGCUAUGGAAAGGUGUUUCAAGUUCGAAAAGUAACAGGAGCAAAUACUGGUAAGAUAUUUGCCAUGAAGGUGCUUAAAAAGGCAAUGAUCGUACGGAACGCAAAAGACACAGCUCACACGAAAGCAGAGCGGAACAUCUUGGAGGAAGUCAAGCAUCCGUUCAUCGUUGAUUUGAUUUACGCCUUUCAGACUGGUGGAAAACUCUACCUCAUCCUUGAGUAUCUCAGCGGAGGAGAACUGUUCAUGCAGUUAGAGAGAGAAGGGAUAUUUAUGGAGGACACAGCUUGCUUUUACUUGGCUGAAAUCUCAAUGGCUUUGGGGCACUUGCAUCAGAAGGGGAUCAUCUAUCGAGAUUUAAAGCCAGAAAACAUCAUGCUUAAUCAUCAAGGUCACGUUAAGCUCACUGAUUUUGGACUGUGUAAAGAGUCCAUUCACGAUGGAACUGUCACACAUACGUUCUGUGGAACAAUAGAAUACAUGGCCCCUGAAAUUUUGAUGAGGAGCGGGCACAACCGUGCUGUGGACUGGUGGAGUUUGGGGGCGUUAAUGUAUGACAUGCUGACUGGAGCACCCCCGUUCACUGGGGAGAACCGAAAGAAAACGAUUGACAAAAUUCUCAAGUGUAAACUCAACUUGCCUCCCUACCUCACGCAAGAAGCCAGAGAUCUGCUUAAAAAGCUGCUAAAGAGAAAUGCUGCCUCACGCCUAGGAGCUGGUCCUGGAGAUUCUGGAGAAGUUCAGGCUCAUCCAUUCUUCAGACACAUCAACUGGGAAGAGCUGCUGGCUCGGAAGGUGGAACCCCCAUUUAAACCAUUAUUGCAAUCAGAAGAGGACGUGAGCCAAUUUGAUGCAAAGUUCACUCGUCAGACUCCCGUCGACAGCCCUGAUGACUCGACUCUCAGCGAAAGUGCCAACCAGGUCUUCCUGGGCUUUACAUACGUGGCUCCCUCCGUACUUGAAAGCGUAAAAGAAAAGUUUUCCUUUGAACCAAAAAUCCGAUCGCCCCGCAGAUUCAUCGGCAGCCCACGGACACCAGUCAGCCCCGUCAAGUUCUCUCCCGGGGACUUCUGGGGACGAGGUCCUUCUGCCGGCGUGACAAACCCUCAGACGCCUGUGGAGUAUCCGAUGGAGACAGGUGGGAUUGAACAGAUGGACGUGACGGUAUGCGGCGAGGCCUCAGCUCCACUUCCCAUCCGGCAACCCAACACCGGGCCGUACAAAAAACAAGCCUUCCCCAUGAUUUCCAAACGACCAGAGCACUUGCGCAUGAAUCUAUGACACAACCGAUGGCAAAUCAUUUCCAAAACCUGCUUUGGGCGGUGCAAGGAAGAGAUGGCAGACUGCCAACAGCCCCCUUCCCAUCCGGGGGAAACAGGAGGGCUUCUUUCUCAGAUAGUGGCAGUGUCGCGGUGGGUCAUUGCGCAAAGUAGACUGGGAAAGAGAAGCAAAAUCCCAUGGAUCUUUUUCCCCUCUUUUUUUUUCCUUCUCUGAAUCAAUGGUGCAUAAAACGAAAGGACCUGGAGCAAAAUGGUGUAAAGCUGUAGGUGCAGCGGUUUAAGAGUUUUGCAGUGUGACGUCCUUUGCAGUUGAUCAAGGGUGUGAUAGCUUGCAGUUGACAGUGUUAAGGGUAGAACGUUGCUGUGGCGUCGUUCUGUGAAAGGGGUAACCCGUUUUGCUGGGCAAGCGUGCACAAUUCCUCCUCUGGUACUGGCCUCUGAAGGAUUAAUUCGCACGGAGGCUUAUUUGGAUGGCUUCCUACGGUGGUGUGGAAUGGAAGAUCCAAGAUAAACUCCACCAUAGGUGUUCCACAUGCAAAAAAAAAAAAUCUAAACAAAUGUUUUUUUAUAUAAAUAUAUAUUUUUCAAAUAGAUUUUUUUUUCUUUUUCUCACAUUGGCUCAUUAUGGAAAAUAUCCCAAACUUGGAAAAUGCAGAAUUAUUGGUUCGAUGCACAAAAUAGAAAAGCGGACUUAAAUUUGUUUUGCUACUGAAACGAUGGAAGUGGUGAAAAAAGAAAACAAAAAACGCUGUUAAUUAUGUUGUUGGGAUUGGUGGGGGGGAGCUUGGGUGGGGGUGGAACAUACCCUGCCUACCCUCUCUUGCUACAAGAAACAGAUCAGGUCAUCUAUGCUAAAACCUAAGCCAACCUGGAAGCUGUGUGCUCCAGUCUCAUGCCUCUAGUGUCCACUUGAGGUUCCACAUAAACAGGGCCCCCCCUCUGCUGGCACAGAGUUCUGUGGGUGCAUCAAGAGUCCCACGGAGUUUUUGAUCGCUGCCACGAGCUUAUAUUGUGCCGUCAUGCAUUUCAUCAACCUAAGCGGAAACUUUGCCGUCAAAACCUCUUUUGCGUUACGCUGGUUUAAAACCUCAAGGUUCCAGAGUAUACUCAGAUUUCUUGAGCCACCGAAAAAGAUGUAAACAGAGUUGGAAAAGGGGUGUGGUUUCACGUGUGCAAGCAUGAACAUUCAUCAGCGUGUUACUGAUUUAGAAAGAAACAAUUGCGCUGGCCGCACGAGUCAGAUGGAGAGAUGGUUCGUUUUAACACGUCUCUGCUCCAUUACGCAUCUCCACGAUCGCUUACAAUAACUGUUUUCCAGUGGUGGGGCUGUCCAUCUGCUGAUUGUAUUUAAAAAAAAAAAAAAAGUAUUAAGAUGGCCUUCAACGAAUGUCUUCCAGAGAACUUUUUUUUUGCAACUUUUAAUUUUAGGAAACGUUCAAUAGAUUUACUAUUUUAUGUUUCUGCGAUUGUUGUUGGAGAAACGAAGCAAAACGGGGAAAAAAAAAUAUGUACACGUGACUUUACAGGUACAAAGAAUUAAAUAAAGGUAUCUUUACCUUAACUUAAAAAAAUACUUCCUGCCUUAAAGAAUUUCCGUGGACGUAGCUGGUGAAAAGAGUCGUCGGUGAUCGGCAGAGCUUUACGCUAGGGCGGAGUGAGUGUGCGUGGGCCUUUGAGUCAUGGUGCGGCUGCAUAAAAGCCCCUGGUGCUGCCUUGUCUGCUUGUUAGGUCCUUCUGUCUGUGCUUGUUCUGUUAUUCUUUCUCUUCCUCCUGAGCCAUAGGAUCCAAGCCAUAACCCUCAAAAAAACAGUCCAGUCAAAGGCUUCACUUUCCACAAAGUAGCACGGAAGGAAAUAGCAUGGAUGCGAAACCUCGUCGUAUCACCUAGGAGCAUCAUCCUUUUUUUUGUUCUUCCGAGCAGCAAAGUUUUAAGGGGGGGGGCGAUCUGGUAACAGCAAGGCACAUUGAGAGCAGCAGUCAGGGGACUGAAUUGGGAUCUGAACCCUGCUAGGUUGCGUGGGGGGGGGGGCGGUCUCAGCCCCAAAUAAAGCAGCCUUGCCACAUGGGAAGUGCUUUCCCUCAUGCCCCCUCCCGCAGUGCUUGUACGUCUGAAUCGUGCGGGAGAAGCAAAUGGUGCUGGUGCUAUGCUCACCAGGGCAGCUUCUGCAAUGGCUUAGGUGGCUUCUGCCGCUAGAAAUGUCAGAUUUGGACAUGCAGGUGAUAUUGGAACUGUCCGGGAUGUUGCCAUGGGGCAAUUCCAUACCUCUCAGGAAGGCCUACAUUGAUCCUAAGGCCUAACUCAGACAGGCAGUAGCUGCUUUUGCGUGGUGUGUGUUGGCGGUGGGGGGGGGACAUAACGUGCUGUGGGAGCUCCUCGUGGGCCCCCAUGCACACAAACCCAUUGGGUGCAACUCCUCCCUGGGGAGGAAAAAUCAGCUGAAUUGUAGGCCAUCCUAAGGAGUGCUUGCGCUCUGCCUGACGUUCUCAGGGAAGGGGGACACAGACCGUCGCUGCCCUUAUCUGACCCACGCUUUGCUUGCGACUGGAUAGCGUGCGGUUGAAUGCGUGGCUGUUUCUGGAGAGCGUUGAGGCUGGCUGGCUUUUUCCCUCUUAGCCCUUCAGAAUUAGGGCUGCCUAAAAGUGCUUUGACUCUAUAGAUGUCAGACACAGCACAGAUUCCUGCCCGCCCCACCCCCCCCCCCCAUUUCUGCAGUCCGAAUGGUCUGAAAUAGAAGCAGUUGCAGUGACAGCUGGCACUUCUGUAAAAGUGAGAUUCCCUGACUACCCCGUUAAGGAGCUCCGCUACUGAAGUCUCAGCGAGUCUCGGGUUGUAGAGCAGCAAUACCCUGUAUGGGGUUCCCCUCCCCCAUAAAAAGGGAUAUGAUCGCCCAUGAUCUUACCAUUCUGUUCUGGCAGGAUAAGGACUUUUCCAGUGGGCCUGGUGAUAAUAUAAUUGGCAGGAAAUGUGGCUAGGUGUGGUAGUUGGCAUUUACUGUUGUUUCCAGCUUGACCAUUUUACUCUGUGUUUCAUGUUAUAGUUUCAUCCUCUUAACUGUGAAUCCUUUUUUUUUUUUUUUUUUUUGGAAACGCGACUCGGGACAGCAAGCACACACUAUGCAAUAUGGGUUAUCCUGUAUUUAUUUGUAUAAAAGAAGAAUAUCCAAAACCUUGAUUUUUGUGUAUAUAACUAUUAGCGACACUAUACAGUAGUUACCGAACUUCAAAGGGAGUGGAAUCUCUUUCUCUGGCACAGCUGUAUCAAUCAGAAUGCUAGCCUAUGGAAUGCAGUGGAUAUCGAAGAAACUUACAAGUGCUUUCUUUUAAAGGAAAAUUGUCUUAAAAUUUUUCUUGGGGUAUAGCGAUUUAAGAUUUAUUUUGUACAAGCUGUGCUUUUUUAAUUAUAAUCUUGGGAUUUUUGCUAUAAUUUGAUUUUUUAUAGAUUUUUGUACUGUUAUAUUAUUAAAAAAAAAUAACUGGGAGUAAUACUUGGUAAGGCUAACCACAUAUUAAGUAUUAAAACUUGAUUAACUUGAAUCCUGUUUUAUUUCAGCCAGAUUCACGAUGUUGAAAGUAGUGGUAGUUCUGCAGUUCAUUUUGAAGAGUACAGAAGUACGUUAAGUCAUCUGGGCUAGGAUCUCUCCCACCCAUGAUAUAAUUUGGGGUUAGGGUGGGGGGGCAUUUAAGCGCUCUCUGUAGAACAAGUGAUGCUCUCGAUUUCAGUUAACUUAGUAAACUGGGAAAUGGUGGGAAAAAUCCUCUCCAGGCUCGGUAUGCCUAACUGAAGCCUGUUUCACACAUGCAAAGCAAGGCGGUAGAAACAGACUUUCGGUUUUGGAUUUCAGCUUUGAAUGAUGCCUCGCCUACAGAAAUGGAAACCUAGCACACAGCAGGGAGAAUUGUUCUGCCCUCCUGUCUGCUGGUGUUGCAGGAAGCUGGGAGCAGAGGUAGUUCGAAGAUGCUCAGUCUGUUCUACCGCCUCGCUUCCCUGCAUGUCUGAGCUAGGCUUGAUAUAGUAGACUUCAUCAGGGUGUUGGUACUUGCUACAAACUCCAUUUUUAAAAUAAGUUUGCGGUGAAAUAGCGUCAGGUGGGCUAGACCAGGCCGGUGGAGCCAUUCAUCACCCACUUGCUACUCCUUCCACUGUCCUAAUGGUCAUACAUCUUUAUGAAAUGGGGGAUGACCCAAGUUGCAAAGAAAUACAGCUGGCACUGGGGGUGGGGGAGUGGAAAGAUAGCAGAGACAGCAGCUGAAGAUCUAGGGGCAGGGGGACUCAUCUUGUGAAGAUGAGGGGUUGUAUUUUGUAGUGGGCUGGCUUCAUAAACUCCUGUGUGCAUCCUGAAGCAAGUUUGUGCAUCUCAUUAUUGUGAGUUUAUAAUUAUAUUGGCUUUUAUCUUUCGGGAGCUGCUUUGGGGUAUGUUUAUCAUGGUACAGUGGUGUAACAUGAUCUAGAUUCUCUCCCUCACCUUUGAGGUGCUGUGGGUACUACAAAUUAUCAGGGGGUGGGGUGGAGUGGGAAGAACAGCCCGGACUAUUCUCCAGGGUUAUAAGAUGGGUGGAUUCCGUUUUGCCUAGAGGUCCUAACAGUCUAGUGACUUUUCUGGCUGAGGCCAUCAGGGAAGGAAACUGCUCUAAAUUUGAGCCACCGAUUGUCAUUGUGACCUUCUCCCCUUUGCAACAAAGUGAACAUAAACCUCCCAAAUGUCCCUUCGCUCAAGGGGAAACCUUUCUUUCGAAGCCCCAUUGAAAAGAAAUUGGAGAUUGGGCUUUAGCGGUGCUGAUGAGCGAUCAUCUGUGAACUUGUAUUAAAACCAGCAUAUGCACCUUAUUUAGGGGUGAGCAGGGAAAAAAGAGGGUUUGGGUUUCAUCUCAAGCCUAUACAUUAUUGCGAACAAUGCAAGUAUCUUUGGGAAAAUAACGUUUCUGCAUUAGUGUCUGAUCAUUUGGGGAAGGGGGGAAAGGAGGGAGCCCGAAACGGGGGUGUGAGUGCAUGGGUGGUUCUCAUCUGUACCUUUAAAAAAAAAUAAAAGAAGUGUUCUUUCUGCCAGACCCGAGCUGGUUUUUGUAACCAUCUGUAAGAAUCGCUCUACAGCUGCCUUACUCGGAAUGGUAUUGAGGGUAAAUACCCUUUUCUGCAUUUCAUUCUGUACUAUUUACUGUAAUGAAAUAUACUUGAUUUCAGAACAAAUGGAUGUAAAUAGCAAUUAAAUGCAACUUUGAACAAA